CGUAUGCUUGAAAGAGAACUUCGGUGUCUUCAUGCCUGCGCCGUCCACUGACACCACACUCCGUCGCGGUCAUGGGAGACAACGAUGAAAGCGAAAUAAUCGAGCACCACGAUGACGAGGAGAUGGAGAAGAUGCGGACGCCGAGGAAUCAUUCGCAAUCCUUUCUGGAGAGCGUCGCGUCGUCGAAGGACGGAUACAGUAGCACGCAGUCAUCACACCGCCUGCUUGCCUACAGUGAUGCGCUCAUCUCCAUCAUCGCCACUGUAAUGAUAUUGCCUGUUGCACAUACAAAAUUUCAGGAUAAUGAGGAACUGAAACAGAGUCUUCAGGCUUUGCUCACAACCAAGAUUGCUGUCUACUUAAUGACGUUUUUGAUUGUGACUGUUGCUUGGGCUGCACAUAUCCGGUUGUUUCAAGUCAUUGAGCGCAUUGACGACACUCUUGCACUGCUUAACCUGGCGUGCAUGAUGCUUAUAACCUUUCUGCCAUACACAUUCUCUCUCAUGGCAACAUUCCCUAAUAAUACCCUCGGCAUCCUCCUCUUCUGUGCUUGUGUCAUGGUGAUUGGUUUAAUUCAGGCCUUGAUUGUCUUGUACGGAUUCAGCCAUCCUUUCCUUCUCAAUGAUCAGAUCCAAAUGUCUGAGAAUCAGGCUUAUUAUAAGAGACGGAUCCUUGAAAUCAUCAUGAGGGUUCCUAUCAUGUGUCUGUUUGCCAGCGUCUUUUCUGUCAUCCUUAUCCAAGUGUCCUACAUUGUUUUGGCUAUUGUCAUAUUUCUGCCAUACAUCUCUCAGUGUUUAAAAUGGAUCGGGAGUAAAGCCAUCGGGGGUCAAGUGGAAGACAGUCCAGAUUCAGUGCCCUUCUACACCUACCACCCCAGUGAACCUUUGAGUAAAGAGCGAGUGGAGGCCUUCAGUGAUGGGGUGUAUGCAAUCGUAGCCACGCUGCUCAUCUUAGACAUUUGUGAAGACAACGUACCUGAUCCGUCUGUGGUGAAGAAGGAGUUUGACAACAGCCUUGUCGCUGCGCUUCAGGAGAAUGGUCCCGAGUACCUGGCCUACUUCGGUUCCUUUGCCACUGUCGGCCUGCUUUGGUUCGUUCAUCACUCUCUCUUCCUGCAUGUCACAAAGGCCACGCGCCUCAUGGGCCUCUUCAACACGUUCUCCCUGGCCUUCGUGGGUGGCCUGCCGCUCGCCUACCAGCUCACGCAUGAAUUUCCCAGAGGCUCCCACAAUGAGCUGGAGGCCGUGCAGAUCAGCUGCGUCAUCAUCUUCUUCGCCGGUCUGUUCCAGCUAGCCAUGUGGGUAACGGCACUUUUCACAGAACGUGAGACUUUGCACCCGUAUGUGCGCUACGGUGGACGAGAGCACGCCUUUAUGUUGGCCAAGCUCUCGCUCUACCCCUGCGUGGCGCUCGGGACCUUCGUUUUCACCUGUGUCCUGAGCCGCUUCAGCACGUCCAUCUUUCACAUGAUGGAGAUUGGUGUACCGUUUGCUUUUCUUGUACUGAGGCUGCUGGUCCGUGUGGCGCUGGUGCUGCUCAGGUGGCUCUUCUGUCCUGCGAGGAACGAUUUGGACAGUGUUCCAGUAGAGGAAGGGGACUCACAUCUGCCCAUUAAUGAUAUAGUCACUUAGGCAGUGAACGGAGAAGAACAAAACGCCUCAACAUUUAAACUAAAAUUAAGAUUAGGCUAGAUUCUCAGCGCUUUUGUUUAGAAUUAAUACUGCAGCUGAUUGCUUUGUGCUGUAGGAGACGUCCAUAUCAGGCAUUUACUUUAAUAGACUGUGGAAGUGAUUGAGGUCUUCAUGAGUCUUCAGUGUGAGCUUUUUUUUCACCUUACAGAAAUGCACAAAAAUGUUUUUAAGCCUUGAAUUUAUUAGCAUGUUAAAACUGUCUCAGUGUUUUUAUUUGAAUGUGAAUACAAUUACAUAGGUUUACACUUCAUUCAAUCAGUAAUAACUAAAAAAGUGUUUUAGCUUGUUCAGUUAUAUUGGUUUUAGUAUUACAAU